AUGGAGUCCGAGCUCAAAACCCUAGCUCCAACCCCCUCCGCGUCUCUACCCGAAUCCACCAUGCCCAUCGACGAUAAACGCCCGCUCCUCAAAUCCGAUCCGAACACUCCCCACAUCCAAUCCCAAGUGUCCAAUCCUAAUAUUGAAGAGAUGGAGAAGAAGUAUGCGGCUUAUGUGAGGCACGAUGUGUACGGGACAAUGGGACGGGGGAAGCUGCCUUGGCCCAGGAAAUUGCUUUGCACGGUGUUAAAGGCUCCCAACAGGGAGGAUGAGCAGGAGGAUUAUGCGCACAUGGGUGGGUGGAGGAGGGCGGUGAUUGUGCAGACUGGGAGGUUUUUUACGAGGGCUUUGCUGUUUAUUUUUGGCUUCUAUUGGAUUCGGAAAACAAUUAGGAGUAAUGAUGUUGAGGGGAAUGUGAACAAUGAGAAUGAGUCUAAGGAUCAAUCUGAAGAUAUGGAAAGACCUGGCGUUAUUGUGUCGAAUCAUGUAUCUUAUUUAGAUAUAUUGUACCACAUGUCAUCCUCUUUCCCAAGCUUUGUUGCCAAGAGAUCGGUGGCAAAACUUCCUCUCAUUGGUCUCAUCAGCAAGUGCCUUGGUUGUAUCUAUGUACAGCGGGAGUCAAAAUCAUCCAACUUCAAGGGAGUCUCGGGUGUUGUUAAUGAUAGAAUCUGGGAAGCUCAUCAAAAUAAGUUCGCCCCAAAAAUGAUGCUAUUUCCAGAAGGGACAACCACAAAUGGAGACUACAUCCUUCCAUUCAAGACUGGUGCAUUUUUAGCCAAGGCUCCGGUGCUUCCUGUCAUUUUAAGAUAUCCAUACCAAAGAUUUAGCCCUGCAUGGGACUCUAUGUCAGGGGCGCGCCAUGUGUUGCUUCUUCUCUGUCAGUUUGUAAAUUACAUGGAAGUGACACAAUUACCUGUAUAUUACCCAUCACAACAAGAAAAGGAUGAUCCGAAGCUUUAUGCUGAGAAUGUUCGACGGUUAAUGGCUCAUGAGGGUAAUUUGAUUCUUACGGAUAUAGGCUUGGCUGAGAAACGAGUAUAUCAUGCUGCUCUUAAUGGUUUGUUUUGUCAACGAUAG